CGUGACGUGAAGGAAAAGCGCAGAAAACAUGGCGGCCUGCAAGGUUGUAGGGAGAUGUUUCGGGACAGUUUCAAAUAUUAUAAAAGUCGAAAUCCCGCACCCGAUUUCGGCGAUGUAAUCGAUCUUGAAAAUCCGGAUCAUGUUAAAGUUAGGAAGAUAGAGGCAAUCGUAGGUGAUAAGCAGACCGAGAAUAAUUUCGGUCUGACAUCGGCGGAUAAAUGGACGAUUUACGAGUUGCUAGAUAUUCCUGGACUUAUCUUUAUUCAGAAUCCAUUUACACCAAACGGUCAACGAUAUUGGAUCACAAAAUGUUUGAAAGAUUAUUCUAAGGAACCGUACAAGUUAAAUAUAGAUGCUCAUAAUAUUUUAACUAAUGAAACAUGGUGGGAGAUUUGUUUUCAAGAGUCAGAAAGAGCCAAAAUUCUACUACCUAAAUUACGAUGGGCAACAUUGGGAUAUCAUCAUAAUUGGGACACAAAAUUAUACUCUGAAGACUCCAAAAGUGACAUGCCAAUGGAAUUAUCCAGUCUAACAUCCAUUUUGGCAAAAUCAUUAAGUUUCUUGGAUUUUAAAGCAGAAGCAGCAAUUGUGAAUUACUAUCGGAUGAACUCAACAUUGGCAGGGCACACGGAUCAUUCAGAGAUGAACGUAGCAGCGCCACUUUUCUCUAUAAGUUUUGGACAGACAGCAAUUUUUCUGAUUGGAGGACCGAAACAAGAAGAUCCAGCUAAUGCGAUUUUUCUGCGGAGUGGAGAUGUAGUGAUAAUGUCGGGAAGCUCUCGUCUGAGAUAUCACGGAGUGCCAAAGAUUUUAUCGGCUUCCAAAACACCGUGGGAUGAUAAUUGCGAGGACAAUAUAUGCGAAACUUUUUCGUAUAAUUAUGACGAUUGGCGCAAAGCGCGAACUUACAUCGCCGAGGCUCGAAUUAAUAUGAAUGUACGACAAGUUCUGGGACCUGGACAAAUUGUAUUAUAUUAAAUCACGUUGUAUUUUUGUACAGAAAUAUUA